AUGCACGUGACUUUGAUGCUGCUGGCUUCAAUACUGGGCUUAACAUCAGCUGAGGAUAGCCAAGGUCAAGAUCAUUCAUGUGGUAGAGUUCUAGAAACGUUUCCUGGUACAGUUUCAUUUUCUGCAGAACAGGUGUCAAUGCCACCUACAGAUGAAGAUUAUUCUUGCAAAUGGACUUUAUUAGCACCUUCUGGAAAGCAUGUUGCUUUGAACUUCGACUACAUUGACCUACGAACAAGUUUAGAUUAUGACGUAUCAAUGUCGCCAGGAUACACGUUUGCAAUAAUAAACACCACAGAAUAUGGUACAUUUCAUUGGUGUGAUCCAUUCCCUCCACCCCAGACUUUUCACUCAGUUGGUAACCAAAUGGAAAUACUUCUCGUGAUCUCCUCUGCACUGAUUGGUGGUUUCCAGUUCACCUAUUGUACCACAGAUAAAUUAAAUGCCUCUACGUUUGGCUAUCGUAUAGACAUCACUACAGACUCGUCUCAAGUGAACACUGUUGACACGCUUUACAUGGACACCAGUCUAAUAUUCCCAUACAAUGGUCACAUAGUGUCUUGGGCAUUCCGGACAGUCGAUGGUUUCACCGUGAUGACAAUACCAGCGUUCAGUCUUGGAGUCUUUCGGAGUUCUACACCCGGAGUGUACCAUCUUGUCGGAGAAACCAGAAUCACCACUUCGCAGCUUCUACAAAAUCAAGAGAACUACGUUGUUUUACACAAAAAUGAUUUUAUUGAUUUUGAAGAAGGUGACGUAUUAGGGUACUGGGUAUCCUCGUCACAGACUAUUGCAAGUAUUGACCUCUAUGGGGACUGUAAUUACAAGGGUUCAACCAUCACAGUCCAAGGGAUAUCUGCCGAUGGAUGGAUAGACGAAACACGCCUUAUUGAUACGCUCGGGGAUGACGUCACAGUAGUUUAUUCCAAACAAUUGUUUCUCGUACAUGGUGUUUUACAUGAUGAUUGUGACCAUGCUACGACAUCCGGAUGUGGGAGCUUGAAGUAUCUGGAUGGUAAACAGUGUGGUCAAAUGAUUGUCAGCCCGAACUAUUCAGAUUCACCCGGCGUUAUUAUUGAGUGCGUAUGGGAAAUAAAUACAACGCCGGGAACCUAUGUAUCGAUUGAAUUUGUUGAUUUCAACAUACAGGAUCCAUCAGGUGAUGGUUUAUGUACCGAGUACAUAUCUAUUAUGGAGAGCGGUGACAAUUCAGGUUCAAUGUCCCAAGCUGGAACUUACUGUGGAAACGAAAUGAAUAGUUCUGUGUAUAUUUCACAAAUGAAUCGAGUACAAAUUCAGUUCACGGCCGUCGCAAAAGAGCAUAUGUCCGGAUUUCGUGCAAAAGUUGCUGAAAUUGGCUGUGGCUCAACACUUGUAGCUGUUAGUGACGUCCGCACAUUACGAUCUGUUGGAGAAGCCUAUUUAUCAUCAGUAGAUACCUCUAAAUCUUUCGCGUGUAGCUGGUUGGUGACGUCACGUACUGUUCGAGUGUUUUUUAACGUCACUACCGCUCUACUUGACAACGAUCCUAACUGUGGGAUAAGUAUAAAGAUAUACGAUGUGUUUGGAGAAGGUCUUUUAAAAGAACUAACUACGAUUUGUAAUGAUACAGAUUUGGACAACUCUAUGCUCUCAUUCGUAUCAUCGGAACAUUCUCUUAGUAUUCAACUGCAUAUACAAGAGGGUUAUUUAUAUGAUGAUGUAUUUAAGUUCAAUUAUUUCGAAAUGGAUUUCAGGGAAGUCGAGAUUACCGACACCAGUGAAGAUUGUGGGGGUAGACAUGUGUUCCAGGACGAUGCACAGCACCACGCCUUCAUCUUAUCUUCGCCUAACUAUCCUUUAUCGUACCCGGAUGACGUAUUCUGCACUUGGAUUGUAGAAGCACCAAUGACGUCACAAUUAUCAGUGAUCGUGAAAGAUUUGCAAAUUGAAACAGGAUCGUGUAUGUUUGACUAUUUGAUGGUUGUCGAUGGUUUCAACGAGACGCUGGACACAAUUCUAGGACGUUCUUGUGAUGAUGGCGAUAAGCACACGAGUGUUAUUAAAACGGGGGACAUUGCUUUAUCGUCUAGUAAUAUAUUGACAGUGAUUUUUAAAACCGACCGUAAUUUCCACACAAAGGGGUUUCAACUUAAUAUCACAACUAAACAUGUUGAAGUUACAGCGGAAACGAGGACUUACAGAACUGACGUUGUGCGGAAUCCGUACUAUCCUCAGUUCAACGUGAAUUGGUAUACUCCUUUCAUACACCAAUGGCGCAUUAUAGUCCCCGAUGGAAACAAAAUUGUGAUGUCUAUGCUCAAUUUUAGUAUAUCGUGUAUGGGAGGGCACCAUUUUACUGUCCACGACGGAAAUUCAUAUGAUGCUCCAGUUUUAGCCAUGGCGUCCGAUUGUCAGUCAGCACCUUCUGAGAAUGUGCCAUACAUUCAGUACAACAGCAGUGGUAAUAGUAUGCUGGUGACAUUUCGUUGUAUAAGUAGGAAACCAUUCUCGACUGGUAGUGAUCCGGCUAACUACUUGUAUUUAUACAUGUUCACAUAUCAAACUGAACGAGAUUAUUUACAAUGUGGAUUAUAUUUUCUUCCAAACAAUGGAUAUUGUGUUGGACCACUCAUACCCCUAUUCCUAUGUGACGGGAAUGUCGAACACAUCGUUGGAGAACAUCUUUCACGUGACAGAAUGUCAAUAAAUGCAACGCAUGUUUUCGAUGUUUGUCCGAUGGUGUUCGGUGAUUCCUCAACUGCGCUCACUGUUGCUACCAACAACACACACUAUUUCAUCCGCCACAUGACACCUGUAUACCAAUCCGAUAUCGUGUUUUUAAUUGGAUUACAUUUAUCAUCGGAAUCUGAACCCAGAUUUACUUGGGCUGACAACACACCGUUUGUAUACAACAUCAGUAUCAUCGAUAUAACGAUAGAUGCAAACUCCGAGAUUUGUUUCGGCAUGGGACACAAUUUGCUGUGGCGAGAAACUGACUGCUAUCUCAGUGAUACUGAGAUCAAUAUGGAUAUAUGUGAUGGGCGAGCAUUUCUCUGUCAAACCGACUUGGACGAAUGUAUGUUUCACUACUGUUCUCACGCAUGCGUGAACACCCCAGGAAGUUUUUACUGUCGAUGUCCGAUUGGAUAUAUCAUUCAUCCAUUAAAUGCCACACAAUGCAUGGAUGUUUGUAACAAUGAAAUUAUUGGUCUUGUGUUUGGGAAUGUAUCUUCUGUGUCUAUACCAAGUGGGUGUGUAGUCGCUUCAUCAAAUUAUUUACCCUGGAACGAGGGUCACCAGCAAUGUGCAAGCUAUGGUGGGGCUUUGUUGGAUUAUAACACAGCGGAGUUGUACGCAUUGGAAUUGAUGUCAGAUAUUACACGUUACAACAAUUUCUGGAUUGAUCUUAAUGAUAAUACAACAACGGACACUCAAGAUAAGUGCGAUGCUUUUGGUAGCGGCGGAAGUUUGUUGCAAGUUGACUGUGAAGAAUAUCUACCGACAUUAUGUUAUAUGGAAAUAUCAAUUUCUGAAUGUAGUCAUGGUAUCCAGCAAAUAAACACCCGUGCCACAAUCGGUGUUUUGCAGUCACCGGCUUUUCCGUUACAUUACGGCAGUGAUUCAGUGUGUCGCUGGGAUAUUAGUGUAAUGAAGGGAAGCUUGAUAGGGCUUCAUUUUUGGAAUUUAAAUUUACGUGUGUCUAAAGAAGAAACCUCCUGUCUCGAUAAACUGAUAAUUUAUGGUGACGAAACAGAUCACAGCCAGCCGUUUGCGACCUAUUGUGGACGAAUCGACUGGCAGAUGGAUGUAAUCAUUCCUUCCAAUGUGAUAUCCGUAGAGUUUAUGUCGGGAAUACUAGAUGAGCAGUUAAUAUAUUCAGAAAAUACAUUCCGCGUCCUUUACUACAGAGCAGACAGUUCAUCGGUAUAUCGUAAUUCAGGGUGUGGUGGGAAUGGUAGACUCACCAACAAAGAAGGAACUGUCUCCGUGCAAGAUUAUGACGCGUAUACUCGAUGCAAGUGGUUGAUUGUCGGCGAAGAAAACAAAUACGUAUCUAUGGAGUUUUCGGAAUUAAAUAUCGCAACGGAAUUUGAUUGUACUCUUGAGAAGUUCACGAUCUACAACGGAGAUGAGUUGAAAGAUGACGCAUUGAUUGGUGUAUAUUGUAUCUGGCCUGUGCCAUUAAUCAUUUCUUCGACUCAGAGUGUUCUUAUAGAGUUCAUCAGUACACGCAUACCUGUUGAAUCUCUGAAUGGUCACUAUGGUUUCAGUUUCAAAUACAAAAUUGUUGACUGUGCAGGAUGUGCUGUUGGGAUGCAGAGCUCAGUUGAAAUGUAUACAGAGUAUGUGUGUACCUCUUCACGUCCUUCUUGUGGAGUGAUUACAUCGAUAAAUUAUCCCUCUAAUUACCCAUUGCUGUCUACGAUCAACUGGCGUUUAACAGGCCCACCUGGUACAUACGUUCAUUUCACAGUUCCGGAUGACCACUUUCGACUCAGAGAGGAAAGUUCAAUAAAUAAAAAGGAUUGCCUGGAGGCUCGUGACACUGUAACGGGCUCGGAAAUGGAGUUAUGUUCGAACAUUGUGUCUCAGGCGGAAUUCAAAUCAUCCCAAAAUACCAUGAUUAUAGAAUUUGUAUCACAUGGUAGUUAUGGUGCUGGGGGUACAGAUGGUGAAUUUAAUUUCUAUGUCACAUACGAAUUUAAGCAGUACAGUCCAUCUAUUGAGAUCAAACUUCCACUUGAUAAUGUCGGAGACUGCCCCCCAGGUUGGAUAUCACAGCAUGGGAACUGUUACCAGUUUGGUGAAUCGAGUAGUUCGUUGACAUGGCCACAAGCAGAAGACGAAUGUAUCAGUCGCGAUGCUCAUCUUGUCAGCAUCAAAUCCUACCGCGAAAUGGCAUUUAUCCAAACCAUGUUGACAAGCGAAUGGUUAACUCUAAACGAGCUUGUAUAUAUUGGACUAUCUGAUGCGGAAUCGACCGAAGGAUGGUUUGUCUGGACAGAUGGUAGUCCACUCAGUUAUACAGAUUGGCUUAAUGAUAAUUUAGAAGGCGGGUCAACUCGUGAGCCAUCUGGUGGGAAGUAUGAAGGAUGUGUAGUAAUCAAAUUAGAUGUCAUCCACUCUACCAAGAAUUGGAAAGACUAUGCGUGUGCUAGCAAUCUUGUACAUAAAUAUAUAUGUAAAAACAAAGCUAUUCCAGUGGAUAGUGAAUAUUCGUCUGUAACUAUUGGAGACAUGAUAACACAGGAGUGUGAAUAUGAAUGGUACAGGAACCAUAACACAUGUUACAGAAUUAUAACUGUUUUUGAACAUCAGCCACGUGACAACUCUACGGAGAUUAGUGUUGACGCCCUCAACAGACUAUGUGAACAAUACAACGCCGAGAUAGCAAGUAAUGUGUCACGUGAUGUUGUUAAUUUACUCAACCGUAACGCUGGCAUUCAGUGGAGACGUAAUGUAACUGUAUUAUGGAUUGGCAAACAGACAAAUAAUGUAGGAGAGUAUGGCUAUAACGACGACAUGAUAACGUUGAAUAAAAGAAAGAUUGAUAAUACGUUGUGUUUAUCGCUAAUAUAUGAGAAAGAAUGGAAGUGGCUGGAGUGCGAUUUCACAGCGAUUGAUGACGGAGUAGAUUUCAACGGAGGAGUUUUGUGUGCGAUGCCAACAAAAGAUGUCUCGAUUGUAUGUCCGGCAGAUUAUUUCCGCUGCAAUACUUCUGGGGAAUGUAUACUGAAGGAAUAUAUUUGCGAUGGAAUACCAGACUGCAAGGACACUUCUGAUGAAUUCCAGUGUGAUACCGUGUGCUCAGACGACAGUUUCACUUGUGACAGUGGACAGUGUAUAUCCCUAUCGUUCUACUGUGAUUUCACACCACAAUGUGAAGAUGGAUCCGACGAAUAUGAAUGUGUGCUCCGGGACUGCUUGUUGACGGAGUUUCAAUGUGACAAUGGCCAGUGUAUUGAUGGUUCAUUGAUAUGUAAUGUGAAGAUUAACUGUGCAGAUGGCUCCGAUGAAAACGUAGAAUCAUGCAGAAGUAUUUGCGAUGGUUUCCUGUGUUUUGAUAAUACUUGUUUCCCAUCAUUCGUCCAAUGUGAUGGUAUGGUAGACUGUGAAGGUAGCCACGAGGAGGAUGAAUACCUAUGUUCUCAAGUGUGCUCACCGAAUGAGAUUACGUGUGAAAACGGCGCAUGCGCAGAUAUAUCAACACUGUGCAUGUACGAUUACAUUGAACUAGAUAACAGAAAAUAUCACAUUGGUUGCCGCGACGUGACCCAUCUAAGGUUUUGUGAUGAUUACUCCUGUCCACCAUACACAUUCAAGUGCCCUAGUUCUUACUGUAUACCAUUAUACAGAAGGUGUGAUGGACAGAAUGAUUGUCCUGAUGGCGAGGAUGAAUAUGGAUGUAAUCAAUUUUCAUGUCCUGGCUCCUAUAAAUGCCAAUCCACACAUCAAUGUAUUGAACUGAAUAAACGAUGUGAUGGUAAACAUGAUUGCAUUAAAGGAGAUGAUGAACACUUUUGUGACAUCCAGUGUCUUGAAGGAUGUAAUUGUGCGAGUUAUCUCUUUGACUGUUCACAAUCAUCUUGGUUUGAACUUCCUGAUGAUUUGUCUUCUAAUAUCAGGGGAUUAAAAAUAAAUCGAGAUAGUGUGACACGUAACAGCCAGUUAUCCCAAUACGAGGAAAGUAAUGGUACUAUUAAAUGGAACACUCUGUUUUUUACAAAGAUUGGUAUGUUUGAAAGAUUUAGUUGGUUAGCAAAUCUGGAACUUUCUGGUAAUGGUAUUGAAUCUUUUUUACCAGGAACAUUUGGUGGAUUAUCUAACCUACUAGUCUUAAAUCUUAAAAACAACAGAUUAUUUGGUUUGCAACCUAGAUCGUUUGAUGGUUUGUCAAAACUUCGAAAAUUAUUGUUGACUGGAAACCCGAUAUUAUCCAUAGAAAAUAAUGCAUUUGUUGGGCUCUCAUCACUCACGUCUUUAUAUUCGGAUGAAUAUUUCUUCUGUUGCCUAGCAACUACGUAUACUCACGCUGCUGAUUCGCUAGAGUGCACCCCUGAGGCUGAUAUGUUUAGUUCCUGUGAGGAGCUGAUGGAAAGUGAGGUGUUGCGAAUCUGUGUGUGGAUUCUUGGAUUGAGUGCAUUUCUGGGUAACAUCUUCGUCAUAAUUUGGCGAAUGAGAGACACUAAGGAAAGGGAAAAGGGACACUCUAUUUUGAUUGUAAAUCUGGGUUGUGCUGAUUUUCUGAUGGGCAUUUAUAUGCUGAUAAUAGCGUCUGUUGAUAUGCUAUAUCGUGGCAAUUAUAGUGUAUAUGAUUAUGAUUGGCGACAUAGUUGGUUGUGUAAUCUGUGUGGCUUUCUAUCCACGGUAUCUAGUGAAGUGUCGGUCUUUACGUUGACUGUUAUUACGGCGGACCGUUUCAUUUGCAUAGUGUUUCCAUUCAGCACGAGGAAAAUGAACAAACAAUCAGCGUACAAAACAUGUCUUCUGGGUUGGAUUAUUGUUAUAAUGAUAGCAGCAAUACCCAUGCUUCCAAUAAAUUAUUUUGGGAAUGGAUUUUAUGCACGAACCGGUGUAUGUCUGCCGCUGCAGCUCACGAGUGCCACUCCUCCUGGCUGGGAAUAUUCUAUCGCAAUAUUCCUUGUUAUCAACCUGAUAUCGUUUUUUAUGAUAUUUAUUGCGUAUCUGGUCAUGUUUGUGGUAGUAAAGAAAUCUUCCAGUAGAGUUGCAUGUGGUAAUCGUAGAGGAGACGCCGCAAUUGCUCGGCGAAUGACAGCCAUCGUUAUGACUGACUUUUUCUGUUGGGUUCCAAUUAUUAUUAUGAGUAUAGUUGGAAUGUGUGGUGGAUACAUACCACGCGACCUGUACGCAGUCACUGCUGUGUUCAUAUUACCACUGAAUUCUUCUAUCAAUCCAAUACUCUACACUGUUUCCACAAUUAAAUUCAGGAAGAGAAAUGCAACGUCUGUUGACAGUACAGAGAGAAUGGCGUUGUCCCAGGCAAAGCGUAACGAGAAGUAUAACAGCAGACUAUCUGUUAUAAGAGCUCUUGGUAAUGGUCGUUUUCUACCUCUGAUACUUGAGGGACAUUCCACUGAAUUUCGACUUCGACCAUUGAAGCACUACCUAUUAUAUGGACAGACUCUCUCGACACGUGACGUAACAAACAUAUCACGCGAUAUUGCUGAAUCUAUUGAGAUGCUACAUAAAAUGAAAUUGGUUCACACACAGAUCAAUGAAGAUCAUGUAUUAAUUGAAGAAACGUACCAGGGAGCUCCUCUGCACGCACACCUAAUCGGAACUCCGUCAAUAUCUGAAACGGCCAAAAAUGGUUACUCGACAGACGUAUUUCAGUUCGGUAGACUGGUGGAAUCUCUUGUAAAGCAAAUUCAAAACAAAACUGUGCUUGAUGUGUAA